CUCACACACACACGCUUUUGGUGGCUAAACUGAAAACGAAAUUGAAAAGAGACGGUUAUAGAUCUAUAUAAGAAAAGCAAACAAAACCCUGAAGUCAGUCUGAAACGGCUUCCAUCCGAGACGCUCCUUCAGCUCAACUGCUUAUGUGCUUUCAUUAAGAAGCUUCAUGCUGUGUUAUGGGAGCUGAGCAGGAGAAAGGCUUUCACACUGUUGCACUGAAUAACCACUGACCACUCAGUGAGUUACUGGUGAGUUUGAAGUGAAAUGUCUGGAAAGGCAGAUGAUCUGCUGAAUAGUUGGACUUUGCUCCAGGGCCGGUGUCUCUGAGUGGCUGGAAAGAACAAGAUGCCAGCCAUGUGAAACUAAAUGCCUGACUGUGUUCAACUUGCUUUUGCUGUGAUGUGUAAAUGACAAGCAAUUUCCUUAGUGUUGCUGCAAGAUGCUGUUGUCCUUAUUCCCGACGUUGUGUUUGCCUUCUGAAUACCACCACCUACUCAUGGCACCAACUCUUCAAGUCACUUUGCUAAUACGGUCACUGCCAUGACCAGUGAAGGUUCAGAUGGCUCCCGUUCCUCCUUGCCCCUGGACCCCGGGGAGGAGAUCUCUCUUUGGCUUUCCAGGCUUCACUUGCCUCAGUAUGCCGCCAGCUUUACUCAGGCAGGCUACCACACCCUGGCAGACUGCAGGGGGCUUACCGAGGAGAAACUCCUGCAAGUGGCUCACUUCCCCACUGGCCAUCGGCGGAGGAUCCUGCACAGCCUUGAGGUCCUCGUGGCAGAAGGUUGUGAUGAUGUGGAAGGUUCUGAGAUGGCAGAAGAGAAGAAAAAGCCUGUUCUCUUUCCCAGAACUAUCUUUCUUAAGGAAGGGAAGAGAGUAACCUCCUCUCAGAAUCCACAGACAAACAGCACUGAAGAAAACAACAGAUUGUCUGGAACCCAGAAUGUGGCUGCAAGAACUUGUAAAGAGAAACUGCUUGAACAUGACCCUGCUUUUAUCUCCACGGUCUCCCACACACUCCCACGUACCAACCACAAAGUGCCCCUUUCAGGUCCCAAAUCUGCCUCUUUGGCCAUCAGCAAUGAAUCACGGUCACCUUCCUCAUACUCUCUGCCCUCAGAUUGGGAGGAUUACUUGAAGAAAGCUACUCCUUCCAUUACACAGCCAAUGUCGGGUGUAAAAGACGACAUUUGCUCAGUAGGAUUCCGUGGAGUGAUGGUGGAUAAUGAUAUAUAUGAGAGCAGCACAUUUACAGCUUCUGGUCCAAGGUCCACACGCUCCUACAAGUUACGACACAGGCCUGUGCCAGAGAUCCCAGAACGCACCAUCAUACCGCUGCAUGACUGGAGCAUGUCUGCGAAAUCGAGCUUGGAGCAGCCCAGCGGCACACAUGAUCCCAGCGGCAACAGACAGAGUGACCCUCUUCAUGGGACGCUGACCUCUGAGGACAUCAGUCCCUACGGUGAGGUUUACCUCUACAACACCAUUGCAGAAACCAAACAAGUUGGUGAUGCAAAGGAAAUGUUAAAUCAAGAAACAAAAGAAGAACUGGAACAGAAAAAAAUGAGGAAGCAGCGGGCCGAGCAGCUAGAAGAGGUGACGGAGAGUACAAAUAGGCGCCUCAGUGGUGAUUACGCUUUGCUUCAGCCAUGCAUUCCCAGUCAGGAGCCAGCCAGCGAAUGUUCUUUAAGCACUGUGAAGUCCCUCCUACAGCCUGCACUGCCGUUGCCUGGAGCCAAGUCACAGGUGGAUUCAGGUGGUGUUUGUAGUGAGCCGCUGGAUGCUGUCUCUCUACUGGUGCAACACAGUCUUCCUCUCCCCAGUGAAUCUUCUAUUUCACCUUACGCCUGCUUCUAUGGAAGUCCUAAACAUUUGGUGAAAAUGGGCUGGCUGGACAAGCUCUCUCCUCAAGGAAACCGUGUCUUUCAGAAAAGAUGGGUCAAGUUUGAUGGAGAGAAUCUGACUUACUAUAACAAUGACAAGGAGAUGUAUUCUAAAGGACUGGUCUCUCUCCUAGCUGUUAAGCAGGUGCGCUCUGUGGGAGACAACAAGUUUGAGGUGGUCACCUCAAUGAGAACCUUCGUUUUUCGAGUCGAAAAAGAAGGAGAGCGUCAGGAAUGGCUGGCGGUGCUGCAGGCUGCUCUGAAGUCUCGCUCAUCCGUUUCCCACACGCCCUGUAAGCUCCGCUCCAGCAAGAGCGGCUACGUGGAGCUGCGCGGCCACAAAGGCAGAGUCUACCUCAGCCUCACGGGAACCAGUAUCCGAAUCUGCAAAACAGACCAGGACUUCAACACUGGCUUGGCCAUCACCGUGGUGGAUCUGAAGGCUGCCUUUGUCAAACACGUGGACCGUCGAGGCUUCGAGAUCAACACCCCUUUCAAAUCCUUCUGUUUCACAGCCGAGUCCGAGCAUGAGAGGGAAGAGUGGAUCGAGGCAGUGCAGGAAUCGAUUGUUGAAACUCUGUCCAAUUACGAGGUGGCCGAGAAGAUUUGGUUCAACCAGUCGAACAGGAGCUGUGCCGACUGCCGAGCUUCCCAUCCUGAGUGGGCCUCCAUUAACCUCGGGGUGGUCAUCUGUAAAAUGUGUGCAGGUCAACAUCGGUUCCUGGGCUCCGGUAUCUCCCAGGUGAGGAGUCUGAAGGUGGACAGCAGCAUUUGGACCAAUGAACUGGUGGAGCUCUUUUUGGAAGUUGGAAACGAGAACGCCAACAAAUUCUGGGCUGCCAAUCUUCCGCCGGAGGACGAGAUUCACAAGGGGGCGUUGCCAGAGCAGCGUGCAAUCUUUCACCGCAGGAAGUACAGAGAAAGGAAGUAUAGGAAAGUUCUGGAAGGAAUGAACAGCCAGGAGGAGCUCAACCAGGCUUUGUGUUCUGCAGUCCUCCAGUCUGACGUGUUGUUGACCAUGACGUUGGUGUUCAGUGGGGCAGAUGUGAUGUGUGCUACAGGAGAUCCUGACUACUCCACCCCUUAUCUGCUGGCUCAGAAAGGAGGCCAGAGGCUACAGAUGGAGUUUCUGUAUCACAACCAACUCUCAGAAUUUGCAAAGCUGGAGAUGGUAGGUGACAUCAGAUCUUCAGUAGAAAUUUCCUCUUUCAUGGAUGGGUUUCUUUACUGUUCGGUCAGCAUGCUGAAGAACACGCUGGAUAAAAAAGGGAGAGAUGAUAUGGUUCAACGCUGGUGCACGUUGGAAGGUGGCUACCUGAGUUACUACGAUGGUGAAAAGAGCGCCACGCUGAUUGGAAGAGUGGACAUCAGUGAGAUGGUGAGCCUAGCCAUCAACAACACGGAGACCAUGACGGGAGCAGGGGCAGUGUUCACCUUUGAGAUCUACCUGGAGUCUGAGAAAAUGCUCUUAUUUGGCACACAGACAUCAGACGCACAAAGAGCGUGGGUCCAUGCCAUCACCAAGUGUUUGGACCCUGAGAGGGCGGACUCUUUGCUGACGGAGGACUGUGAGCUGAUUGGUCGUUUGUACUAUAAGGAGGGUCAUGACCUCUAUCACUGGAGACAAGGAUGGUUCUCUUUAGUCGGCUCUGAACUGUUCCUUCAUCCUGAAGAUGAGCGCGCACACGAGGUGGUUCUACAACUCAGACGCCUGCAGGAACUUACCAUCUCCACUCAUUUGGAAGGAGAUGAGAGGAUUCAGGUUCUGCUCAUGGUUGAGAGUGGCAGGACGAUCUACAUUCAUGGCUUCACUAAACAGGACUUCACUUUAUGGCACUCUGCCAUCCAGUUAGCUGCAGACAGAGACGGGAAAGCACUAAGCAAUCAACAGCUGACCAAAAAUGACGUCCCGAUCAUCAUUGACAGCUGUAUUUCCUUCGUUAUGCAAUACGGUUUGUGUAAUCAGGGCAUCUAUCGAAAGAACGGUGACCCAAAGCGUGUGGCUCAGCUGCUGGACGAGUUCACCAGAGACGCACGAAAUGUUAAACUUCGAGUUCAGGAUCAUCAGUUAGAAGACGUCACGGAUGUACUCAAAGGCUUCCUGUCCAACUGCGAGGAUGCUUUAUUAGCCAAAGAGCUCUACCCUUACUGGAUUUCUGCCCUCGAUGAAGUGAGUGAGAAGGACAGGGUUGAGAAGUACUCCACGUAUAUUCAGAGUUUACCCAAGAUCAACAGAUCAACUCUGGCAGCGCUAUUGCAGCAUCUGUACAGGAUUCAGAGCUGCUCUCACAUAAACCUGAUGAAAACCCAGAGUCUGGCUUGUGUCUUCUCGCCCUACCUCUUCCAGACAGGAGGACAUGCCCCUAAAGAGACCAGAGUUGUGGAAGAUCUCAUCAACAACUACGUCCAGCUCUUUUCGAUCAACAAGGAGCAAGUCCGGCAAAUGGAGAAAGAGAACCGCUGUAUCACAAGGUGGAAGGACACUACAUUCUCUCCAGCAGGUGACCUGAUCUUUGAGGUUUACUUGGAAAAGAAAGAGCCCGAAAACUGCUGUUUAAUCAAGGUCUCUCCCACUAUGUGUGCUGAUGAGCUGACUGACACCACUCUGGAGAUGAAGGGUAUCCAGGCAAACCAGCAUGACAUCUGGACCACAUUUGAGGUCAUUGAGUCUGGAGAACUGGAACGCCCAUUACACUACAAAGAGAAGAUUCUGGAGCAGGUUUUAGAGUGGAGCACGCUAGAGGAUCCCAGCUCAGCUUUCCUGCUCAUUAAGAAAUUUCACGGAUCCAAGAUGUCCCAUUUCAGUUCGGAAGGGCAGAAGGAUUUCACGAAAGGAGAGCAGCUCAAGUUUAAAGACGGCUCCUGCAAACUGCUUUCUGGGAACAAGUUUCAAGACAAAUUCUUUGUAUUGCAGGACAGGAAGCUCCUGCUGUAUAAGGAUGCAAAAAGCACUAAACCAGAGAGAGAGGUUCCUGUGGAGACUGUGAAAUGCUACUUAGGGAUAAGAAAAAAGCUGAAGCCAACAAGCAAUUGGGGUUUCACGGUGUACACGCAAAAACAGCAAUGGUAUUUCUGCUGUGUGGGAAAAGAUUCACAGCUGGACUGGGUUACAGCCAUUAUCAGUUGUAAGAAUCAAGGAGACUCGUGGCCUACAUGCAAAGCAAAGAGAAAAUCCUCAGAUCAACAGAACAACCGAGAGCAUGCUUCUGCUCGCCAGAGUUCAGAGAUCGAAGCAGCCAAACGCAGCAAGGAGGACAAUAAGAUGGUGCCCCUGAAUGUCACUUCUGACAAGGCGAAGUCAAAGAACUUAAAUGAGGCUGAUAAUAUGAAUAGAAUGCCGAAGCUGGAGGGCUGUUUAACGCAGAAAAACCGGAAAGGAGAUUCAGUACUAAGCUCUGCUUCCAGUGGAGGAAAUUAUGCACCGUCUAGAAACAAAAUGGCCGUCGAAGGAUCCCUGCAGACUCUGUAUAAACCUGUUCCGCAUCCAGAUUCUGGUAACUACGCCAAAUCUCAGCAGAAAAAAGCAAUGAUUGGAUGCAACACAGGACAAAUGCCUCAGAGUCUCCUCAAUGAACUGAGCAGCGUUCUCACUCAAACAGGACGCACACCCAGAGAAGAAAGCUGAGAGCUUACAAACACAAAACAAGGCUCGAGUGAAGAGGCAGAAAGUCUUGCAAGUGGUAUUCCAGAGGGUGAGAGAACAUAUAGCUCUCAGGACGGCCUCAAAAAAAGCAAAACCAAGCUCUACACAAUGUAAAAUUUAUACAUUGUUCAGCCAUAGUGGUGCACACCAAAGCCUUUCUGGUAGACCUUCACUAACCUUAAAAAAAAAUCAUUUUAACUGCAGGCAUUCAACCAAUACUACUGUACUGCAGUGUCUUGAUUGCAAGAUGAGUGAGUGUAUGUAACGUAAAGGGCUCUGGUAUGGAUUUAGAGGUCAAACAUCAGUAGGAGUGUGUGGAUGUAUGUGCCUCCAAGUGUACAGACUUCUUUAUUCAACUUCGACCGGAGUCAAUCCAGCCUUCUAGCCAUGGACCUUGCUGCAAAGGACCAGAUAACAAAUGAUAUUUAGUAAAGUCCAUUAUCCAAAAGGGGGAAAAAAUUUUAGCAAAACCCACAGGUAAGGGCUUUUUUUUUUUUUUUCCAGACGAGUUCUAUAAGAAUUCAUGGCUAGUAUUUAAAUUCUGCUUGAUUCUUCUGUACUUAAUUUUACUGCUUAAAUUGAGGUCGAGCAGAGUUCAGGCCACACAAUCAUUUGACGUAAAAUCAUUGACCAGGUUCAAGUUUCGUGUAUAUAGAAUGCAUUUAGAACGAAUAUGGUCUUUUUUUUUUUUUUAUAAAAAAGUCCUUUCUAUUUCCUCCAGUGUUAAUGUUUCCUAAUCCAUCAACAGAAGCAUGCCCUUUAUUGCUGUAAUACCCCAGGAGUCCAAGUCGCACAGCGCCAUUAAAUAAUGAAUCUUUUUCUGAAAGGGUCCACAUGGGCUGCUGUUGUCCAGUUUCCUUUAAAUAUUUAACACCGUUUUAUUAUGCGUCAUGUAGCUGCUGCCUUGAUUUUGAUGCUCCUUUACAAGAUCCUCAGCGUGGCCUUGUGCCUUUUGUUAAAAUGUCGAAUGUAUUAAUGUAAAACAAUUUGUGACAUAUAAAUAAAUGAUGGUAAACUUUAGUUCA